AUGUCAUCAAUAUCCUGGCCAGCCUACUUUGCCGCCGAACGCACAACCUUCCAACGCGACAUGCGCACGAUAAUCAAAAUCCUCCAAACCCCCGACGACAACAACGAACGCCUCGACUUCUGCCACCAAAUCGCAAACCGCUCCUCCUUCCCCGGCUCAAUGACCAACCUCCUGGACGCGGUCAAAACCGCCGAAUCAACCAAAGAACACCUCGCCCAGCGCCAUCUCACCGCAAACAUCAAAUGCCUGACAAACAUGUUCAUCGACAACCCCAAAGAAGGACGCAGUAAAUGUUUCCGGUCCCGGUUGAUUACUAUCCUCGGCUAUUGCAGACGGCUUUGUGAGCAGCUCCGGGAUAUCAGGGAUCCGUGGAGGGCGGAGAGGGUCGCGGAUGCGUUGGAUUUGGUUGUUUUGCAGGUUGGGCGGUUGACGCUUGAUGGGGAUGUCGUGGGUGAUCGGGAGGCGCUGAAGGCGGAGAAGGUUGCUAAAGAGAAGGAGAGGGUGUUUAAGAGGCAGAGUAAGAGGAAGGAGUCGGCCGAGUUGGAGGAGUUGAGAUUGGUUUGGAAUGCGUUGCAGUUUCAGGGUCUUGGGAAGGGUGGGUGUUCGUGUAAGCCUUGUGUGGAGCUUGAGUCUAAAGUCAAGUCGUCGAGAAAGUGA